UGGGUCACGUGGCGGAGCAGCAAGAUGGCGGUGCGCGGAGCGUGACCGAGGAGCCCCGCAGUGUGCACAGAGCCGCCUGCGCCAUGGUGACGGAGCAGGAGGUGGAGGCCAUCGGCCGCACGCUGGUGGACACGGAGCAGCCGCUGCCCACCCGGUUCCGCGCCCUCUUCACCCUGCGGAACUUGGGCGGCCGCGCGGCCGUGGAGUGGAUCAGCCGCGCCUUUGGAGACGGCUCGGCGCUGCUGAAGCACGAGCUGGCCUUUUGCCUGGGCCAGAUGCAGGAUGAGGCGGCCAUCCCGGUGCUCGUCCGCGUGCUGGAGGACACGGCCCAGGAGCCCAUGGUCAGGCACGAGGCAGGUGAAGCCCUGGGCGCUAUUGGGAACCCUGACGUGCUGGAUAUCCUGAAACGCUACUCCGAGGAUCCUGUGGUCGAGGUGGCAGAGACUUGUCAGCUGGCUGUGAGGAGGCUGGAGUGGCUGCAGAACAACAAGGAGAAGGGAGGCACCAGCCCGUACCUCUCUGUAGAUCCUGCUCCCCCCGCUGAGGAGACGGAUGUGGCCAAGCUGCGGGAGAUCCUCCUGGAUGAGUCCCAGGAGCUGUUUGACCGCUACCGGGCCAUGUUUGCCCUGCGGAACGUGGGGGGCCAGGCUGCCGUGCUGGCACUGGCAGAAGGGCUGCGCUGCGGCAGCGCGCUGUUCCGCCACGAGAUCGGGUACGUGCUGGGGCAGCUGCAGGACGAGGCGUGCGUGCCUCAGCUGACGGCCGCGCUGCGCAGCCGCGCCGAGAGCCCCAUGGUGCGGCACGAGUGCGCCGAGGCGCUGGGCUCCAUCGCCCGGCCCUCCUGCCUGCGCGCCCUGCGCGCCUUCGCCGGCGACGAGGAGCGCGUGGUGCGCGAGAGCUGCCAGGUGGCCCUGGACAUGUACGAGUACGAGAACAGCGGCCAGUUCCAGUACGCCGACAGGCUCUGCAAGCUGCAGGCCUCCUCCUGAGCCUGGACUGGGGGCACUCGGGUGGGUGUGCUGCCUCCCACCCCCUCCUGCCGCCAGCGGCUCUUUCACAGCCUCCUCUGUCGGCGUGGAUCCGUGCCUUUCCGCGCAGAGCUGGAGGAGGGACUGAGUUUGAUCUCUGGCACAAUUACAACCACCUCUUCCCUCCAAAUCCAGGCUGAGCUGCUACUUGCCUCCCCACCGCUGUUUCCUGGAUCUGCCCCUUUUUCCUGCCAGGAUCGGCACUGCCUGUGCGCAGCGUGGCUCGGGGCUUGGACCAGGUGGGCUCUGCUUGGCACGUCAGAGCCUGCUGCAGCUCUGCAGGGCUUGGGCCUGCCCUGGAUUGGUGCUGCCACGUUGGCAGCUCCAUUCUCCCCAGCUGAGCUUUGCUGGGGGCUAGGAUGGGCUUUGGGAACCCGCUCUUGUGGGCUAUGGUGUUGGGAUGCUUCGAAAUUGCUCUUGGUGCUCAUGCCGAGCCGGGGCCCUCCUCGCCCCCGCAGUGGGUUCGGCUUCUCCUGUUGGGACAGGCUGGAGCUGAGCCUGUGGCAGCCUCUGCCCCAGGAUGGGGGUUGUUUCAUGGCAAAGUUGGGAAGAUACAGCUGGGUUUUUUUCUGCAGGGAAGGGCGCUGCCAUUAGGGUGGGCAGGGUGAGGCAGAGCCUGCCUGGGCUUUCCCCGGUGUUUAACUGGGGCCAGGAGGGCUGAGGCUGCUGCUGGCACCCAAAUCUCUCUGCCAGCCCAGCCUGGGCACUGGGGUUUGGGGUUUGGCAGAGAAUAAAGCAUCGGCACAG